CGUACAUGCACUGGAUGUGAUGGUGUCUCAGAGCAGCAUCCAGGUCGCCCGAGGCCAAGCAGCCGUCCUGCCUUGCUCCUUCACCACCAGCGCUGCUCUCAACAACCUCAACAUCAUCUGGAUGGUGAUCCCACUGUCCAAUGCCAACCAGCCUGAACAGGUGAUUAUCUACCAGGGCGGCCAGGUGUUCAGCCUCGCCAACCACCUCAACGGUCGUGUGGGGUUUGUGUCCACCAUGCCAAGUACAAGUGCCUCCAUCUUCAUCAACAACACCCAGCUGUCAGACACGGGGACCUAUCAGUGUCUGGUCAACAACCUCCCGGACAGAGGGGGGCGCAAUAUUGGUGUCAUCGGGUUGACUGUGCUAGUGCCCCCUUCGGUGCCGGCCUGCCGGAUUCAGGGAACGCUUGAUGUGGGCAGCGACAUCAUGUUGUUUUGCAACUCGGACGAAGGUAUUCCCACACCGUCCUACUCGUGGGAGAAGCUGGACGCGCUGCCCAAGCUGCCGCACAACGCCAUGCAAGACCAGAUGCAGGGCACUGUAACGCUGAGAAACAUCAGCACCAGCACCUCAGGACUCUACCAGUGCACCUCCAGCAAUGUUAUAGGCAAGAGCACAUGCUUGAUCAAUCUGCAGGUUGUCGCGCCCCAGCCUCAGAGUGUUGGUCUGAUAGCAGGAACAAUUGCUACCGGAGUGCUGGCCAUCAUCAUCUGCUCCAUGUUAGUUGUGGUCACCCUUUACUACUGGAAGAAUAAGAACAAGUAUGACGAGGAGGAGAUCCCCAAUGAAAUCAGGGAAGACGACCUCCCACCGAAGAGGUCGUCGUCAGUGAAGGCUUUCCACGCCGACGCCUCCUCUUCAGAGAACGACACCCUGACGUCCACCAACACCUACAACAGUCGCUACUGGCACAACCCCAAACCCAACUACGACACCAACUCGUACACGCGCUACAACGGGGACACGCGGCAGACCUUCUCCAACGCGGUCCACGGCGUACACGGACACAGACAGUCCCAGAACCCGGGGCACGGCCACGGCUCGGCGGUGCCGCCGGCGCCGGGCUCGGCCCCACUGUCUCGCCACGCCCAGCCCGCGACGACGACUUCCUCCUUUGCCAACGGCAGCCACACGCUCCCGCCGCCCAAGACCCUGGUGGUCACCACGAACUCCGCCCCCUCCCCGUCCACCAUGGUGCGCAGCAACGGCUCCGUGAGCCUCAAGCCCGUGGUGACGCCCACGCACGGGCAACAUACGCACUCCUACGCCGUGAGUCAGCGGAGCAUUAUCAAUGUGCCCGUCAGUCCGUGGGACAUCCCAGAGGAGGAGGGCAAGAGGCAGCCCCCCGCCAACCUCGCCCAUCCAUCAUCAUGA